CUAUUCCUCACAAAUAAAUAAAAAAUAGUUAUAUUAAUUACCCAAAAUCGAAUUUAGCGCUCUGGUGUUUCAUGUGGUAUCGGCUUCUUUAAAAAUCCUCCGCCAUGUCCGCACACCUCUUAUCUGCUGCAUUCCUUCUUCCUCCGGAGCUUCACUCCAAUCCCAAAUCACUCUCAACCACCCACAAUGGAAUUCUCAAUCCUCGUAGAGUUUUGAAUUCAUCAUUACCAUUUUCACCAUUAACAAGGUUUUCAAUUUCAAGUCGAUCCAUUAAGUGCCAGGCCCUCGGUGAGAGCUCUCUUGAUCGUACUGUAUACCAAGGAGUUUACGGUCCUUGGACUGUCGAACCCACUGAUGUCCGAGAGGUGAUUUUAUACAGAUCAGGGUUAGUUACUGCUGCUGCAUCAUUUGUUCUUGCAGCUUCAACGGCUUUUUUCCCCGAAGGCUCCUUACUGGGUGAUUUAACUAAGCAAAAUCUUAACCUAUUGUAUGCAGUUGGAGCUGGUGGGUUAGGCUUAUCUUUAGUGUUGAUUCACAUUUAUGUGACUGAGAUUAAACGCACACUUCAAGCACUAUGGGUACUUGGUGUUUUUGGAUCUUUGGCAACUUACAUUAGCCUUGCUCAACCAGCUGGUCGGAACUUAGUACAAUACGUUGUUGACAACCCAACAGCGGUCUGGUUUGUUGGUCCGCUCUUUGCGGCACUGACAGGACUUGUCUUCAAAGAAGGUCUCUGCUAUGGAAAGUUGGAAGCUGGUCUUCUCACAUUCAUCAUUCCCUCGGUUCUUCUUGGGCACCUGACUGGUUUGAUGGACGACGGAGCAAAAGUUACUCUGUUGGGACUGUGGAUGGCAUUGUUUGUGAUCUUUGCAGGCAGGAAGUUCUCUCAGCCUAUUAAGGACGAUAUUGGCGACAAAUCCGUUUUCAUGUUCAAUGCUCUGCCAGAAGAGGAAAAGAAGGCUUUGGUUGAAAAGCUAGAGAAAUAAAAUAGUGUUUAGUUCGAAACUUUUUCCCCCCUUCUGAUGUCUGUCAUAAUGUUAAUUAGGCAGGAAUUUUACUGGUAUUGUAUAUAGAAAAUUGCAUCAACUGGGUAAAAGAAUAAAGAUGUAAUGGUGUUCAGGAUUCUCUGGCCAUCACUGUAAUAUUAUUUUUGUUUGUGUA